AUGACGUGGUCUUCUUCUUUGUGUCGACAGAACAACACAUCAUGGAGGCCCGAGUCGUGUCAGGAGUGCAGCUGCUUCAGCGACGUGCCCAUCUGCAGGCCCGUCCAAUGCCCCAACCCUCGCUGUGACUUCCAGAAGGGUGAAUAUUUGAGGAUCCCUCCCAACGAGUGCUGUCCAGAGUGCAUCUCCUCGUCGCACGACUCCUGCCUCCACCAAGGAGUUACAUAUGGACAUGGCAGCCAAUGGAGCCCCUCUCCCUGUUCGGUGUGUGUUUGCUCCACAGGGAGUGUGUCCUGCAGCGCUCGCUCCUGCCCCCAGCCCACCUGUUUGGAGGAUCAGAGCCUGUUCAUCCCUGCAGGGGAGUGCUGCCCCAGGUGUGGUCGAGAUGGAGAGUCCUGCGCCUGGAAGGGGCUGGUCUACAGGGACGGCGAGGAGUGGAAACCCAGCUUUUGCUCCAGAUGUUCCUGCAGCAGCGGGAGGGUCCAGUGUUCAGCGGUGGAGUGUCAGCAGGUGGCCUGCAAACCGCGUGAGAACUUGGUGAUCCAGCCGGGUCACUGCUGUCCUCGGUGUGUGUCCAGCCCCUGUCUCUCUGCUGGACAACAGCACCAGCACGGGGAGCAGUGGCAGAGGGACGCCUGCACCACGUGUGUGUGUGACGGGGGUCAGUCUAAAUGCCACGCACACACCUGCCGGCCCGUUGUCUGCGACAAGGGUCUGACCAGAGUGAGGCGUCCCGGUCGGUGCUGCGAUGAGUGCGUUCCCGCCAAAGGAAGCUGCCUGUACCAGGACGCCGUGCGUUACCAUGGAGACGUGUGGAACGGCACGGGGUGCGAGUUCUGCACCUGUAACCGAGGUCAGGUCCUCUGUCGGAGAGCGGAGUGCGGUCAGGUGGAAUGUCCUCAGGACUCGGAGCUCGUCCACUUGCCGGAGAAAUGCUGUCCAGAGUGCUUUUCUGUCAAACCUUGUUUCUACGAGGGGAAAUCCUAUAAGAACCGGGCUCGUUGGAGCGGUGGCAGGUGUCGGGAAUGCGAAUGCCGUGAUGCCCAGGUGACUUGUUAUCUCCACUCCUGCCCCACCUGCCCACCGGGCACCCUGACCGUCAUAAAGGAAGGUCGAUGCUGCCCCGACUGUCUCCAGGACCAGUGCCAUGCAGACUGCCUGUCUUGUUCUGGGUCUCCUGACCACUGUGAGACUUGCAGAGACCCCAAAGCUUUCCUCCAUCUGGGUCGCUGCCUCUCCGUCUGUCCGGUGGGCUUCUAUGCUGAAGGACCACUUUGUGCAGCGUGUCCGUCAUCCUGCACCACCUGCACCAGCAGGUGGGACUGCCGGUCCUGCGGACCCCAGCUGCCCCUCCUGAGCCCCGACAGGAGCCGGUGCCUCGCCGCAUGUCCUCCUGGUUCCUACCAGCACAACCGCACACACUGUCGCCGCUGUGACGAGUCGUGCUCGGAGUGUCGCGGUCCGACUCAGCAGGAGUGUGUGUCGUGUUCUGACCCGGCUGCUCUUCUCAAAGACGGUGUGUGUGUCUCCGACUGCGGUUCUGGGUUCUACAACCAGGACGGCGUCUGCUCCGCUUGUGAUUCGUCCUGCGUCUCUUGUUUCCCUGACAACCCCAAAUGUAUGAGCUGCCCCGCGGGAACCGCACUGCAUCAUGGGAAAUGUAUUACUCAGUGCCCAACUCAGCAUUAUCUGGACGGCCACAGCAGAUGCAGAGCCUGCCACAGCUCCUGCGCCUCCUGCUGGGGCCCGUCAGUCUCCCAGUGUACCUCCUGUCCCGGUGGACUCCCGCUGCACCAGGGUCAGUGUGUGGAGGUCUGUGGGGAGGGGCUGUACGCUCAGGACAACACCUGCCACAAUUGCCACCCCUCCUGCCGGUCUUGUGUGGGACCCCUGGCCUCGGACUGCCUCGGCUGCCUGAAACCAGAGGAGGUCCUCCUGCCCCAGUCUGCUCAGCUCCAGCAUGGCGUCUGCACAGCCAGAUGCCCCGCUCAGAGCUUCCUGGACGACACUCAGACCUGCAGAGAGUGUCAUCCCUCCUGCCUUCACUGUACUGGACCGUCUGCAGAAAACUGUACCUCGUGUCCUUCUUCGUCCAGCCUGCACGAGGGCCGCUGUGUCCCCACCUGUCCACAAAGCUUCUUCAGCCGGGACAACCAGUGCCAAGGCUGCCAUCCGUCCUGCCAGACCUGCUCCGGUUCCUCCCAGGCCGACUGCACCUCCUGCCCCCCUCUGGCCUCCCAUCAGGACGGCCACUGCACAACGAGCUGUCAGGAGGGGCGUUUCCUCAGCGCCGCCACAGGAGAGUGUCUCAAGUGCAGCUCGGGCUGCCAGCGCUGCACGGCAGACCUGCAGACGGGGACCGGCAGUGUUUGUCUGUGGUGCAACGCUCCGAGGACGUGGCUGCUGGUCGAUCGCUGCAUCCCUCACUGUCCUCCCAGUCAUUAUGGUUGGCACGGAGCCUGCAUCAAAUGCCAUCCUUCAUGCGAGUCCUGCAGUGGGGCGGGGCCUCUGUCCUGCACUUCCUGCCUCGCCAACGCAGUCUUGCUGCCCUCUGGUCUUUGUGCCCCCAAGUGUCCCAUGGGUUACUAUGACAACGGCCGUCGGAUCUGUCAAGGAUGUGACAGCCAGUGCCGGACGUGCGACUCGGCUGGCGUCUGCACGUCUUGCCGUGACCCGACCAAGGUGCUGCUGUUUGGAGAAUGCCAGUACGACAGCUGCGCCCAUCAGUACUACCUGAACAGCACCACCCGGACCUGCAGAGAGUGCGACUGGAGCUGCAACGCGUGCAGAGGUCCGCUGCGAACCGACUGCCUGCAGUGCAUGGAGGGCUACGUGCUGCAGGACGGGCUGUGCACGCCGGGCUGCUCCUCUGGGUCUUAUCAGGAGGGGGACAGAUGUCUCGCCUGUGACGAUCACUGUUUGACGUGUCGGGGUCCCGGCCGCUGCCUGGACUGUCAGCCUCCGUACGCCGUCCUGCAGGGGCAGUGCGUGCUCGAAUGUGGCAGAAACCAUUUCCUGGACGCCUCAUCUAAAGUCUGCAAGGCCUGCUCGUCUGACUGCGUGUCGUGCGACGGGGUCGGACGCUGCAGCGUUUGUCGUGAUCGGACCUACCUCAUGGAGGGGUACUGCACCCCCGACUGCGGUCCUGGAUACUACGCUGAGCUGAAGACCAGAAUCUGCCACGUAAACUCCCACAGUCCUGCCCUCCACAUUAACGGUUCCCUGCUGGUUCCCCUCGGCGGUUCUGCCCCGCUGCAGCCCGCCCUGCUCCAGGUGGACGACCAGGACAGUCCGUCGGAGCGGCUGCUCUUCCAGCUCGUCCGCCGCCCCACCAACGGUCAGGUGCUCCUGUCUACAGAGAGGGACGGUGAGGAGACAGGCCAGAGGGAAGUCGGCAGCAACGACACCUUCACCUGGGCCGAGCUGGAGCUGGGCCGGGUCCACUUCAGACACUGGAAGGACAAACCCAGGACCGGUGAGUUCACCCUGCGUGUUGCUGACCCCCAGCUGUUCUCCCAACCAGCGAGCGUUCAGGUCCGAGCCGUGCCCGUGCAGGACUCCCCUCACAUGGUGUCCCUGCCCAUGACCUGGGUGAAAGAGGGAGGCAUGGUGAGACUCGACAAGAAGUACCUGCAGACCAGCUAUAAAGGAGUCGGCUCUGAUGAUGUUCUCUACACCAUCCUAGCUUCAGACGGACAACCUAAAUAUGGUGAGGUUGUUCUGGUGUCCAUGCCGGCUGACAGCCCACCUGAAGGCUGGCGUCCCUCACUCGUUGACGACCAACACUUUACUUCCACGACCUCGUUCACCCAGCAGGACGUGAACGACGGCACCGUCUGGUACCGCCACUUCGGCUCAAGCUCCGAAAGCGACUCCUUCCAGUUUCAGGUUUCCUCUGAGGUUUCAGCCGUCGCCCGAAGUGACGCUCAGACGUUUACGAUCGGAGUCCUCCCUCAGAUUCCAGGAUUCCCGCAGCUGGCUCCGGACUGUGACCUGCAGAUCACAGCUCUGGAGAAUCGUGUGACGGAGUUAACGCCUUCAGCUCUGUCCUUCAUCGACUCAGAGACUCCCAGUGAGAAACUCAUCUUCAACAUCACCAAACCUUUACCCCCCGGACAAGGGACCAUCGAGCACCGGGACAGACCCUACAAGGCCGUGAAGUUUUUCACGCAGGCCGACGUCAACAACGGCAAGAUGAUCUACAGACCUCCACCGGCUCCGUCCCACCUCCAGGAGCUGUACCAGUACUCCUUCACCGGCCUGCCGGAGUCACUGAGUGUUUAUUUCACAGUGUCAGACGGCGAACACACCACCCCUGAGUUGGACUUUGCCGUCCUGCUGCUUUCAAACCGCCAGCAGCCGCCGGUGUUUCAGGUUCUGGACCCGCUGCUGGAAGUCGGCCUGGGAGGACGAGCCGCCAUCGGCGAGCAGCAGCUGGCGGUGAGCGACGCCGACACGCCUCCAGAUGAGCUGGAGUUUGAGCUGGUGGACGUCCCCGUCCACGGAGAGCUCGUCAAGACUGACGACGACACACGCAUGACUACCGGUGACACGUUCACCUUCAGUGACAUCACCCGCAAAGUCCUGCUGUACCAGCACGCCGGCCUCUCCACUCAGGAGGACGCCAUGUCCUUCUCAGUCAGCGACGGCGUCUCCAUGGCGUCCACCACGGUCCAGGUGUCGGUGCUGGGCGGAGCGGGCGACGGGCCGCAGCGGGACCCGGCUGCCUCGUUGUCCCUAGAAGUGAGCGAGAAGAGCAGCACCGUCAUCAGACGCUCGCACCUGGCCUACACUGAUCACUCGUCCCCCGACGGUCAGAUCCACAUCCAGCUGGUGUCGGUACCGAUGUACGGCGUCCUGACCCGCAGCCGGUCCCAGCAGGAGGCCGAGGAGCUCAGAGAGUAUUCAUCCUUCACCAUGGAGGACAUCAACAUGCACAGGAUCAGGUACGGCACUUCGUUAGAGACAGGGAGUCAGCCGGUGACCGACAUCUUCCACUUUGUUGUUUACGACGAGGACAACAAUCGCCUUGACAACCAGAUGUGCACCAUCACCAUCACCUCCACGCCCCGACAGCCGCCGGUGGUCACGGUGCGCAGCGGCAUCAAGGUCCAGGAAGGCGGUCGUGUGCAGCUCUCCACCAAUCACAUCGCAGUGUCCGGCGCGGACACGUCCAGCUCCGUCCUGCUCGUUUGGCUCGUCAGUCCUCCAAAGUACGGCUUCAUUGAGAACACCUUCAGAGGCGGCUCGGCCGGCGGCGCCAGAGUCACUCCAGAUGUUCCGUUUCCCGUCGACGACCUGACGUCCGAUCACAUCUUCUACGUGCAGGACGGCCGGCGUCGCCCUCAGUCCGGACAGGAUGUAUUCUCCUUCUACGUCAGUGACGGACACGUCCAGACGGAAACUUUCAACGUGGAGAUCGACAUCCAGGUGAGAUCUGUGUCCCAGUUAGCGAAAAAUAAUCGCAGGAUCCACGUGGAGGAGAACUCUGGAGCCGUCAUCACCAACUCGUCCCUCAGCGUUCGCGAUGAGGACACGCCCGAGAACGAUAUCGUGUUCACCAUCAUCAGGAUCCCGACUUACGGCAAACUGCGCAGGCGGCAGUUUUUCGCUCAGCCGCUGGAAAACGGUCGAAUCCUUGCUCAGGGCUCCACCUUCACCUACCAAGACAUCCUGGACCGGCUGCUGGUCUAUACGCCGGACACCGUCAAUGGGGGAGCCGACGAAAUGGGCUUCACCCUCACCGACGGCGCCCACACCCAAGCGGGACGUCUAGAGUUCGCAAUGGACGUGAGGAAGAGCGAGGGUCCUCGAAUGACCGUCAACAGAGGCCUGCAGCUCCCAGCAGGGUCGUCGUCUCAGAUCACAGAGCAGAAUCUGAAGGGCACAGACCUGGACUCAGACAGUCUGAAGCUGCGCUACAUCCUGACCAAAGACCCUCCUGUGGGCAGACUUGUGCUGAGCCGGAGCCACCUGGUGGAGAAGGUCUCUGUCAAAGGUCCAGUUCAGAGCUUCACUCAGGAGGACGUCAACAAAGGCCUGCUGCAGUUCAGCCACGAGAGAGGCGAGAAAGGAGGCAGCCUGUCCUUCAAGUUCAACCUGGUCGAUCCAGAAGGCAACAAGCUGAUCGACCAGUCCUUCUUCAUCAGCGUGCUCGAGGACCACCUCCCUCCUGCUGUGGACGUGAACAAAGGUCUGGUUCUGGAUGAAAACUCCGUAAAGAAGCUGACCACCCUGCAGCUGUCGGCCAGCGAUCAGGACAGCGAGCCGGGCGAACUCAUCUACAGAAUCACCAAACAGACGAGCCUCGGGCAGCUGGAGCACGUCGCCACUCCAGGAACCAGAAUCUCCUCUUUCACCCAGGCUGACCUGGCGUCUCGCAGCGUCCAGUACGUCCACACCAGUGAAGAAGAGAAACACGCCGACCAGUUCUCCUUCACCGUGUCCGACGGCACAAACGAGGUUGCUCAGACUUUUUACAUCACCAUCAAGCCGGUGGACGACUCGCUGCCUCUGCUCCAGGUCCCGGGUAUGAGAGUCCAGGAGGGUGUGAGGAAGACCAUCACUGAAUUUGAGCUGAAAGCUACCGAUGCAGACACGGAGGCGGAGUCCAUCAUCUUCACCGUCGUCCAGCCUCCUCGCCAUGGCACCAUUGAGCGCACCAGCAACGGCCAACACUACCGCCAGACCGGCACCUUCACCAUGGACGACAUCUACCAGAACCGCAUCAGCUACAACCACGAUGGCUCCAACUCGCUCAAAGACCGCUUCGUCUUCUCCGUGGCCGACGGCACCAACCUGUUCUUCAUGGUAGAGGAGGCCGGCGAGGAGGUCGUGACGGCCGCUCCUCAGAAGUUUAAAAUCGAGAUUCUGCCGGUGGACGACGGGACGCCUCGAAUCGUCACCAACCUGGGGCUGCAGUGGCUGGAGUACAUGGACAACACGGCCACUAACCUAAUCAGCAAAAAGGAGCUGCUGACGAUGGACCCGGACACGGACGACAGACAGCUGGUGUACGAAGUCACCGCCGAGCCGAAGCACGGCUUCCUGGAGAGCAAGCUCCGACCUGGCAGCUCCAUCAGCACCUUCACACAAGCUGAUAUCAAUCUGGGUCUGAUCCGCUACGUGCUGCAUCAGGAGAACGUCCAGGAAACCGUGGACACCUUCAAGUUUCUGGUCAAAGACAGUAAACCCAACGUGGUCAGAGACAACGUCUUCCACAUCCAGUGGUCCCUCAUCAGCUUCGAGCACAAGAGCUACAACGUGAGUGAGAAGGCCGGCACGGUCGCCGUGACGGUGAAACGAUCCGGGAACCUCAAUCAGUACGCCAUCGUGCUCUGCCGCACGGAACAGGGCAGCGCCAAGUCCACCAGCAGCACCGGGUCUCGUCCCGGCCAGCAGGACUACGUGGAAUACGCCGGACAGGUGCAGUUUGACGAGCGUGAGGACACCAAGGUGUGCACCGUGGUCAUCAACGACGACAAGGUGUUUGAGGGCAUGGAGAGUUUCCACGUGGAGCUGAGCAUGCCCGUGUACGCCCUGCUAGGCGCCAACACGCGCGCCGUGGUCAACAUCAACGACACGGAGGACGAGCCGACGCUGCAGUUCGAUAAGAAGACGCACCACGUUAACGAAAGCAGCGGGUUCUUCCACGCCCCCGUCGAGAGGAAAGGCGACACCUCCAGCACCGUGUCCGCUCUCUGCUACACUGUGGCCAAGUCGGCUCGGGGCAGCAGCCUCCGCGGCCUGGAGUCCGGCUCCGACUACAAGAGUCGCGGCAUGACCGCGGACAACCGCGUUGUCUUUGGGCCCGGCGUCAGCAUGUCCACCUGCGACGUUAAACUCAUCGACGACAGCGAGUACGAGCUGUCCGAGGAGUUCGAGCUGGUGCUGUCAGACGCCUCGGACAACGCCCGCGUGGGAGACGUGACGGUAGCCAAGGUGGUCAUCGACGGCCCCAACGACGCGUCAGUGGUCACGCUUGGAAAUGCCACCUUUACUUUCAGUGAAGAUGCUGGCACAAUUGAAAUACCCAUUUUGCGUCGAGGCAGCGAUCUCUCCUCUGUGACCUCGGUGUGGUGUGCCACCAGACCUUCAGACCCCCCCUCAGCCAGCCCAGGAGUCGACUACAUCCCCAGCUCCAAGAAGGUGGAGUUUAAACCUGGAAAAACUGAAGAGACGUGCAGUUUGACCAUCGUAGAUGACAUACAGAACCCGACCAUCGAAGGAUCCGAGUCCUUUGUCAUCUUCCUCAGUUCUCCUCAGGGUGCCGUCCUACAGGAACCCUAUGAAGCCAACAUAGUCAUCACCGACACCUUCCAGGACAUUCCCACCAUGCAGUUUGAGAAGAAUUCCUACACCGUGAAGGAACGAGACAGUGUCCUUCACAUCUCCGUCAUCAGGACCGGUGACCUUUCCUUCAAGUCGUCGGUGCGGUGCUUCACUCGAACCAUGUCUGCUAUGGUGAUGGACGACUUCGAGGAGAGGAGGAACACAGAUGAGUCACGCAUCACUUUCCUUAAAGGAGAGAAGGUGAAAAACUGUACAGUUCAUGUCAACGACGACUCUGUUUUUGAGCCUGAGGAGGAGUUCCAGGUGCAUCUUGGUACGCCACUCGGUGACCACUGGAGCGGCGCCAUGAUCGGAGCUAGUGACAUCGUCACUAUCACCAUCACCAAUGAUGAAGACGCUCCUACAAUCGCGUUUGAGCAGGCGUCCUAUCAGGUCAGAGAGCCUCCCGGUCCAGAUGGUGUAGAGGCACUGAACAUCAAGGUGGUCCGCCAGGGAGACCUGGAUCGAACGUCCAAGAUUCGCUGCAGUACCCGGGACGGAUCGGCCCAGUCUGGAGUUGACUACAAUCCCAAGAGUCGAGUCCUCAAGUUCACCCCUGGAAUGGACCACAUCCUGUUCAAAGUGGAGAUUUUAUCCAACGAGGACAGGGAAUGGCAUGAAUCCUUCUCUGUGGUUCUCGGUCCUGACGACCCAGUGGAGGCGGUGCUCGGGGAGAUCACCAUGGCAACAGUGACCAUUCUGGACCAGGAGGCUGCAGGCAGUCUCAUCCUCCCCUCCACACCAAUUGUGGUCUCCCUGGCCGACUAUGACCAUGUCCAGGAAGUGACUAAAGAGGGUAGUAAGAAAUCUCCCUCCCCAGGCUACCCUCUGGUGUGCGUCACCCCCUGUGACCCCCACUACCCCAAGUACUCAGUGAUGAAGGAGCACUGCGAGGAGGCUGGAAUCAACCAGACCCAGGUUCAUUUCUCCUGGGAGGUGGCGGCGCCCACCGACUCCAACGGUGCCCGGUCCCCGUUUGAGACCGUGACGGACACCACCCCGUACACCAGCGUCAACCAUAUGGUACUGGACAGCGUUUAUUUCAGCCGUCGGUUCCACGUUCGCUGUGUGGCUCAGGCUCGGGACAAAGCCGGUCACCUUGGGACGCCGCUGAGGAGCAACAUCGUAACCAUCGGCACUGAGGGCUCCAUUUGCCACACGCCUGUUACCACGGGAACCGCCAGAGGCUUCCAGGCCCAGUCCUUUGUUGCCACGCUGAGAUACUUGGACGUCAAGCACAAAGAACACCCCAACCGCAUCCAUAUCUCAGUGCAGAUUCCUCAUCAGGACGGUAUGCUCCCUUUGGUGUCCACCAUGCCGCUGCACAACCUGCACUUCCUGCUGUCAGAGUCCAUCUACAGGCAGCAGCACGUCUGCUCUAACCUGGUCACCAUCAAGGAGCUGCAGGGCCUCUCCGAUGCCGGCUUCCUGGACGACGUGGCCUACGACAGCAUCUCUCUCGGACCAGGUUACGACCGCCCAUACCAGUUCAACUCCAAUGUCCGCGAGACUAAAAGCAUCCAGUUCUACAAACACCUGAACCUGAAAAGCUGCAUCUGGACCUUUGACGCCUUCUACGACAUGACUGAGCUCAUUGACGUCUGCGGGGGCUCCGUCACUGCAGAUUUUCAGGUUCGGGACUCUGCUCAGUCCUUCCUGACGGUGCAGGUCCCUCUCUAUGUGUCCUACAUCUACGUGACUGCUCCGAGAGGCUGGGCGUCUCUGGAGCAUCACACCGAGAUGGAGUUCUCGUUCUUCUACGAUACGGUGCUCUGGAGAACAGGUAUCCAGACGGACAGCGUCCUCUCAGCCAGGCUGCAGAUCAUCAGGAUUUUCAUCAGAGAGGACGGACGGCUGGUGAUCGAGUUUAAAACUCACGCCAAGUUCAGAGGUCAGUUUGUUCCUGAACACCACACCCUGCCGGGUCACAAGUCCCGGUUGCUGGCGCCGGACCACCUGGGAGGUGUGGAGUUCAACCUGCAGCUGCUGUGGAGCGCUCAGACCUUCGACUCGCCGUACCAACUGUGGCGGGCCACCAGCUCCUACAGCAGGAAGGACUACUCUGGAGAGUACACGGUCUUUCUGAUCCCCUGCACCGUGCAGCCCACCCAGCCCUGGAUGGACCCCGGGGACAAACCUCUGUCCUGCACGGCUCACGCUCCAGAGAGGUUUCUGGUGCCGAUCGCCUUCCAGCAGACCAACAGACCCGUUCCUGUCGUUUACUCCCUGAACACGGAGUUCCAGCUGUGCAACAACGAGAAGGUCUUCCUGCUGGACCCGGCCAGCGCUGAUGUCUCCAUGGCUGAGAUGGACUACAAGGGAGCCUUCUCCAUGGGCCAGACGCUGUACGGCAGGGUGCUGUGGAGCCCGGAGCAGAACCUGAACGCAGCCUACAGGUUGCAGCUGGAGAAGGUCUACCUGUGCACUGGCAGGGACGGCUACGUUCCUUUCUUCGACCCCACGGGGACGCUGUACAACGAAGGGCUGCAGUACGGCUGCAUCCAGCCCAACAAACACCUCAAACAUCGCUUCCUGCUGCUGGAUCGUAAACAGCCGGAUGUUUGCGACGAGUUUUUCCACGAUGUUCCCUUCGAGGCGGAUUUUGCCUCAGACGUCCCGGAGCUGCAGGCCAUGAGGGCCAUGCCGGGUGUCGACGGCUUCACGAUGAAGGUGGACGCCCUCUACAAGGUGGAGGCGGGCCAUCAGUGGUACUUGCAGGUGAUCUAUGUGAUCAGCCCGGAGUCGCGCUCCGGCCCCAGAAUCCAGCGCUCAGCGACGUAUCAGCUGAACCGCUCCAGACGCGACCUUGUGGACCGCAGCGGGCGGCUGACGCUCGACGAGUCGCUCAUCUACGACAACGAGGGCGACCAGGUGAAGAACGGCACCAACAUGAAGUCGCUACACCUGGAGGUCAGCCCCUCCCCUUCCUUCAACGCCCACGUGGGCAGCUCCGUGGGCGGGGGCGUGGCCGCCAUCACCCUGCUGGGCCUGGUCCUGCUGGCCUCCUGCCUCCUGUUCCGUCGCUGCAGGCUGUCGGCCUCCAGGAAGAAGAAUUCCCCGAAAAUCUACGAGGAGUACCCGCUGAACACCAAGGUGGAGGUGUGCCUGGACAAGUGCAUGGAGAAGAACUUCAGCAGCAAGCACUGCACGGUGAGGAACGUCAACAUCAACCGGAACCAGGAGUCCAACGGCAAGCUGAAGCAGGUCAACCUGGAGGUGAAGCUCCACAACAACCUCUGUGACGGCACCGAGGUCUGAGAAGAGGCAGCACCGACGCGCAAGGAGCAAAAUCAAAGAGCAGAAUUUUAUAAAAGCAAAUAUUUGUAUUUAACGGAACCGGACAUUUGUUAAUGUAUUUUUAUACCGCUUUGGAUAAAAGGGAAGAGUGACACGCUGGCAACCGGGCUACCUCAGGA